AUGCUGCAAGUCAGUUCCCCGCGAUUUUAUCUCGGCCAGAAGCCCUUCAAGUGAGUAUCGCUAUGCAUUUUUUUAGUGGAGUAUGAAUAUUUUUUUCCGGGUUUUCUAGGUCUUUUUGAAGUUUUUUUAGGCUUGAAAAUUGGUGAAUGUGCUUUUAAAAUUCGAAAAUUGGCUCUGAAACCCGAAAAAAAGUGAAUAUUUUUACCUCGUUGAUGUGAGAAAAAUUGUUUUUUUCUGAUUUUUAUAUUCUAUUUUUUUCCCGUGGUUUAUCAAGGCUUAUGGUUUCGCGGAUUGGUUGGAACUUUUUUUCAAACUUUUUUUGAAGAAAAAUUAUGAAAGAAAUGAGAAAAAAACUGAAUAUUUGUAAUUUUUCUCUAGCUUAUUUAAACUUUAAUUAUCAUUUUUUUCAAACCCCACUUUAUUUUUGGGGUUUUUUUCGAGAUUGUAACGAUACGUUUUCUACAACGAAUACUAAAUUUUGAUUAGAUAUAUACUAAUUUCAAGCCUUUCGACUCCUUGACCCAAGAAAAAAUGUGUGAUGUUUCGAGAAAAAGAGAAAAAAAAUGGGACGACGGAAACUUCUGAACUUUUCCUUGCUGCAAUCAGCGACAGCUGAUUCGUGUUGUUCUGUUCGUAUUUUUCAGUCCCUUUCCUUUUUUCCAAUAGCUAAAUUGAAGCCGCUUUUUUUAUUCCAGUGUGAAAUUCUUAUAUUUUAAUAUUUUUUGGAUAGAAAAAAAAUUUGAUGAAGUCACUGUUUCAACAACAGCUUUUUAAAUAUUUUGUUGAUUUUUUUAGUUAUUUUUGCAGUAUGUCAAAAUUCACUAAAAAAAUUAUUUUUCAACAUUUUUCCAUUUUUUUGACGAAAUUCUUUGCUCUCAGAAGCUUAAAUUUCGACUCGUUUGCACAUUUUUUCUUAUCAAACGCGAAAUUUACUCCAGAAUCCCGUCUUAUUUCGAAUUUCUUAUCAAAAUCAGCGAUUUUUCAUUCCUCUUUGUGAUUUGAAGGAAAAAAAAGGUAUUUUUCUGCGCCGAGGAUUUUUCAAGUGGCCUCUUGAAUGUUUUUUGUGAUUUUAUUUGCUCCCCUGGUGGAUUUUGAUGAUGAAGUUUGGUUGUCACAGAUCUUUGAGAUCGAUUUUUUUGUGAUUUUUGUUAGAAUUCUUAUUUUAGACCUAUAUUUUUCGUUUCAAAUCUGAAAAAAAUUACGUUUUUUUCUAUUGAAAGGGGCUUUUUUUGAGUUUUUGUAACAGCUUGAAACAGUAGGAAAAAAAUAAUUUUUUUCGGACUUUUUUUCAUAAAAUAAAAAAAGUUAGGGAUGAAUGGGAGAACUAGGAAAAAAAAAUUUUUUUCCAGUUUUUCAAAAAAAAAUUUUUUUCUUUAGUUAGUUUUCCAACCUCUUCGAGUCGUUCUUUGUAUUUUUGCCCACUCAAAAUGUCCCUCCGUGUGCCCUUGGCAGUGUUUUUCUGGCCCCAAAUGAGGCCAAGAGGCGUCGCGAUUUUAAUUCCCCGGGUUUCGACCUCCAAAUUUCGACGAUUUCCAUCGUGAGGCUCGAAAUUAGCCGUUCUUCUUCCAACUAGACUCUUGAUUACUUCAAUUUGAUUCUUUAAAAUUUAUUUUUAUGAGUUAAAGGAACAAUUCCUUGAAAAAACAAAAUAUUCGAAUUUUUAAAUAAUCAUUUUCUGCUUGAUCCCAUUUUUUAACUUUUCCAAACUUCUACUAAACUUAAACUAGCCAAUUACUGAACAGUUCCUGUAUUGAUUGAUAUGGUUCGAGCCCGAAAUGAAAAAGGAAACCUGAAUGGGUUUUUUGGGCGAUGACACACCGUUUCAUGACGGUUUUGGGGUAGAAAAAGGCAAUUUUUCGUUUUUCUCAUACAUUGCUUCAAAUGAAAAAUAGAAGAAAUUCUCAUAUGUAGGUUUAAAUCUUUGUUCUUCUAUUUUCACUCGUUUAUUAAAUUUUUCUUUUUGAAAAAAAGGAAGAUAAAAAGAUUAAGGACGGUUUAGAGAGGAAAAAAAUGCGAUUUUUUUUGAGAGUGUUUUCUACAUUUUUUUCAACUAAAAUGUAGAAAACACUCUCAUUUGUAGUUUUAAAUUUGCACUAUUUUUAUUAAGUUUUUCGAAAAAAAUGGCCAAAAGGUCGAAAACACUGUUUUAUGACGGUUUUUGAAUGUGAAAAGAGAAAAAUUUCCCUUAUUUGAUACAUUGCUUUUAUCAGAAAAAUGGAAGGGAACUUGUAUUUAUAAAAUUUUGUUCUCAAAAAUUUCAAUUAUUUGUUUUUUUUUUGAAAUGUAUGAGAAAUUUGAGGGCUGAAAGGUUGGCGAAUGGACAGUUUCAUGACUUUUUUGAGUGUGAAAAAGGAGAUUUUCCCUUUCCUUAUAAAUGUCUUCAUUUGAAAAGUAUUUGCUCUUCAAUUUUGACUGGAUUACUGAUUUUUUCUCGAAAAAUGACGGGUUAAAAGGUCGGCGGAGAGUUUAAAACGCGCAUGUGAUGGAAAUUGAUGGGAUUAGUGUUCGGAAAAUGUUCUUGCUUUUUUAUUUUCCUUCUCGCUUUCGUUUGUAUGUUUUUGUUCAGUUGCAGCGUGAUCCCUACACUUUUCAGCUGGGAUUUCGGCUUUUUUGUGUGAUUUUUGAUUGAUUCCUGAAGUUUUUGCGUUUUGUAAUGUGAGAACGAAUGACAAGUGUGUGUAUAUUUUUAACUUUUUUUGUGAUAUAAGAAAGUGAAAAAGUCAUUUUUUUAUAGAAUUAGGGUUGUAAAUUUAGGAAUAAUCAUGUGGAAAAAAAGCUGUUUUUAGUUGUAAUUUUUUUGGUGAAAUCGAGCUUUUUUUCACGGCGAACGCGAAGAUUUUUUUAGAAAACAUUUUUUUCUUUUAAAAUUUGGCGCUUUUUUUGGCUCUAGAUUUGAGAGAUUUCUUUUUCUGGGCUUGAUCAAAAAUGGAUUUUUUUCCUCACUUUAAUGGAAUGCUUUUUAAGAAAAAUCCGUUAUUUAUAAACUGUAAUUGUUAUUUUUAGUUGUAAUUUGUUAGAAAAAAAUCAGAUUUUUUUCAUUUUUAAAAAAAGCGAAAAAAAGACAAUAUUUUAUGUUAAAAAGAGAGCUUUUUUUGGCUUUAAAUUUCAGCAUAUUUUUUUAUUUUUGGCUUGACUGGAGAGCAGUUUUUUUAGUGGAAUGGUUCGAAAAAAAUGCCGUUUUUGAAUUUUAGGCCUUUUUUUAGUUGUAAUUUUUGACAGAAAAAAAGCGUAAAAAAAGCGUUCCUAGAUUUUUUAAAAGUUGCUCGUUUUACUUGGAAGAAAGUGUCGAAAAAAAGAAGGCUAUAAGGCUCUUUUUUUGGAGGUAUUUUUUUAUUUUUAAAAAAACCUUGAAGUAUUUUUUUAAAUAGGCUCAGGUACGCCAAUUUUCACUUUACAGUGGAUUUUGUCAAUAAAAUUAACUUCUUCGAUGGUUUUUACUCUGAUUUCUUUGCUCAAAAGGUCUUCUUGGUGGUUUUUUUGGAAGUAUCAAAGGGGCGAUUUUUCUCAUAGUUUAAUGAAUUUGAAAAGCUUGAAAAAUCUCUCUUUUUGACUUGAUUUUUUUACAAGAUGGAAAAUGCUGAAAUUGAAAGAAUGUUUCUGAACAAAAUACAAGUUUUCGAUUCCUAUUUUUAUCACACAAAUAAACCUCCCGACGUUCAAAUAAAACACCACUAUCUCUCUUAUUGUUUUGAUUUUCUUCGUUCAAACGCCGGUUUCCUUCUCUUUUUCCGACACAAACAUCGUUAAAUUUACGUCCUUUUUUUUUGUUUUUUUCCCCCCAAAAAGUUUUGUGGCCCUUUGAUUCGAAUUAAGAAUUUUCUAGUUCUUAUCAGCUAUUUUCAUGCGGUGGAAGACGGUUCCUGCAAGUUUGCACAAGGUAUUUGGGAUUAUUUAGUUGGUACAAGGUCUAUUUCAACUUGCAAGCCUUAUAUUUUAAGCCAAAGGACGACUUUUUUGCUUUUCUGAUAAUUUUCUGAGAUUUGAUAGUUCAGUUUGAUGAUUUUUCCUGUUAGAAGUCUUGGAGUAUUUUUUAAAUAGGCUCAGGAACGCCAAUUUUUCACUUUACAGUCGAAUUUUACAUCAAAAUUAACUCCUUUGAUGGUUUUUACUCUGAUAUCUUUGUUCAAAAGGUCGUAGCAUACAUAAUUUAAUUGGUACAAGGUCUAUUUCUGUUCUCAAAUUUUAUUUUAGCCUUAGAAACUCCAAUUCUCACCUUUCAGUUGAUUUUUUUGUAGGAUUUUGAGGAUCUAUACUCCCUUUUGAGGGCUUUUUUUCAUUGAUUUUUCUCGUUAAAAAAAUCAAUUAUAAUGUGUAAUUCAGUUGAUAAAAGGUCUAUUUGAGCUCUCAAUAUUUUAUUUUUAGCCCUAGGAAAGUCAAUUUUCAUAUUUCAGUUGUUUUUUUCUUCAUGGAUUUUUAAAACCAUUUCUUUUUGCAUCAUUUUUUUUGUGUGGUUUUUAGUUGGAAAAUGAUCUAUUUUUGAUUCUCAAGUUUAAUUUUUGGCCUACCAAAGAGGUUUCAUCUUUUCAGUUGCGUUUCUUCUUGAAUUUUGAUAAUUUUUUCUUCAUUUUGGUUGGUUUUAUUCCUUUGGAUUCAAAAGAAGCUGUUUUCCGAGGAAAUAUCUUGAAUUUUAGAUCCAGUUCUUGUUUAAAAAUUAAUUGGGUUUUGAAGAUUUUCUCCAAAAUAUACAUUUUAAGCGGCCUCAAAAUUUCCGGUCUGAGUACUCAUUUUUUUGAAUCGCCAUUGAAAGUUGUUUCGAAAAGAUUGUUCCUUUUCUAAGCGUUCCCUAUAUUUGCAAUGUGUCUAUUCGAGCGCAAACACACAAAAUCGAAAAUGUUUUUCGAGUCCACAUUUUUGGCCAAAGUUUUGUAUCGAUUCGAAAGAAUAUUUUUCCUUUUUUUGCUUUUUUUAAAGUUAAUUUUUAGAUAUAAUUAAUUUUUUUAUCAAUUAUUUUUCGGUUCCCAGGUCACUUGGAUUUUUCAAUUAAUUUUUUUGCCAGUAGAAUGUUCAAUGGCCUGUGAAAUUCACGUUUUUUUGAGGAAUUAUUAUUAAGGUUUUCUCUCAAAAAUUGAAAAAAAUGAGAAUUACUUCCUUGUUUUUGAAGGAAUUCUUAUAUUCCAAUUGCUCAGGAAUUAUUUAACACGUCAUUUUUCCCCUUUCUAGGUGUAUUUAUUAUUUUUUUCUGGCUCGCUUGAUUUUUUUACUGAUUGGAUUUUUUUGAAUUAUGUAGAAGAUGGUCUAUGAUCUGUAGAAAAAAAUUGGUAAAAAAAUUAAUAUUUUUUUAAAAAAAUUGUUUGAAAAAUUUAUUCAAUUGGAUUAUUCCUCUCAUGAAUUUUUUUAUAGAUAAUUCAGGGAAAUCAAAAAAAUGGUGCUGUUAGAGGUUUUGUGAACAAUUUUUGAGCUGUAAACAGAAAAUAGUCAAAAAUUCGCAAUUUUCAGAGCUUUUAUCACUAAAAACUUAGGAUAAAUUGAAAUUUCGCCCCUUUUUCUAACCCUUUCCAUUAGAGUCAGCUCCGGAAAUUUUUCGAAAAUGGUUUUUCAAAAUUUUUAAGAUGAAACUGAAUUUAUGAUAAUAUACAGUUCAAUAUUUCAUUCUUUGAGACCUGAUUUGAUGCGAUUUUCGAUUUUUUCACAUUUUUAUUGAUUUAUUGAACGAAUAAGUAAUCGCUUCAGGGGUAAAAUGCCGCAGAACACGAGCAAAUCGCCAUCGCUGCUCGGUCGGCUGUCGGCGUCGUCGCGGUCGAGCUGGAUCUCGCCCAAGGACGUCAACGUCCACGUCCAGCUCCUCCACGACUCCGACUCCAUCGUCAACGAGUUCAACGUCAGCUUUCUCUUCAUGAAUUAUCAUUUUUGCAACUUGAAAAUGAAUUUUCUGCAGCUAGAGCUGUUUGAAACCUUGUGAAAAAAAUGAAAAAAAGUGAUAUUUUUCUGAAAAAAAUGCUUACUAUGCGGUUCAUAUAAAAAAAAUUUUUUUCAAAAAAAUUUGGUUUUUGCAGUUUUUCAACAGUUUGAAGCCUGGUGAGACCAAAAAUUUUUUUCUUAAAUUUUUCAAAUUUAUCAUUAAUAGCCUUUUUUUCGAAAAAAAUUAGAAAAAAAAGAAGUUUUGCAACUUUUUGAAACCUUGAAAUCUCGAAAAAAAGAAUCCUUGAAAAUUUUUUUAAAAAUUUUUUUCUUUAUGAACACAAUUUUUUUGUUGGGAAAAAUAGGCAAAAAGAAGUUCUUUGCAGCUUUAGCAGCUUGAAACCUUUUUAAAAACGAGGAGAAAAAAAUUCUUGAAAAAUUUUUUUAAAUUUUUUUACAUAAAUAAAUAAGCCUUCUCGUUAAGAAAAUAGGAAAGAAAUAUUUUUUUAGCAGCCUUAUCAGUUUGAAGCCUUGUUUGAACGAAUGAAAACAGAUUGUGAAAAAAAACCUUUAAAAAAAGUUACUGAAAAUAUUGCAUUUUGUGUUUCACAAAUGAUCCAAAUUCGAAAAUUCAAAAAAAGUUUUUUUGGCAGUUUUAACGAUUUGAAACUUUAAAAAGAUCAGAAAAAAAGAGGCCAAAAAGGUCCGAAAAAUUUUUUUCAGUUUUUCUCUUUUUUUCUAAAAAGUUUUUUUACAUGUGAUAUUUAUCUUCAUCCUAUUGAUUUCAGCGAACUCAACCGGCGCAGUCGAUUCUGGACUACAUCUGUGAGAUGAAGAACAUCCAAGAGAAAGAUUUCCUUGGCCUCAGAUAUCAAGAUCAUAAUAAACAUCGGGUUGGUCUCGAAACGGAAAAAUGAGAGAAUAAAUAGCGUUCAAUAGUUUUUUAAAGGAAAAAUGAGGUUUUUUUAAGCAUUUAAAGACGAAAAACUUUGAAUUUUUCAGUGUUCUUUAGAUGCUCAUGUUCGAAAUUUGAACAAAAUCUUGUAAACUUCAACAUUAAAUUCAAUUUUUUUAAUAUCUAAGUAACAAUAGAGAAGCUUUUUUACGGACUUACAAUUGGAAAAAUUAAAUUUUUUUACCCAUUUUAUGAUUUUUCACGUUCAAAAGUUGUACAGAAUCGUGAAAUUCUCAAUAUAAAUUUUUUUAAUUUUUUUAGUGUUUAGUAUGAAUAAAGAGGUUUUUCGGGGGCUAAAAAUCGGAAAAAAAAUUAUUUUUUUCUUUCCACUAUGUCAUGGAUUCUAACAUCAAAAGUUGUACAGAAUCUUGAAACCUUCAAAAUUAAUUUUUUUAUUUCUGAAUUUUUUUAAAUAAACUUCUUUUUUUCAGUAUUGGGUUGAUUUGUCACGAUCGAUCAACCAUUUCACCAAGCAAUUUAAAGGUUUUUUUACUUCUGUUCACAUAUUUUUCAACCUUUUUCAACUUGAUUUUUCCAUAAUUUAUAAGGAUAUUUUAUUUUUUUUAGCUGAAAUCAGAAAAAGUCGGCAAAAAGUGAGUUUUUUUCAAUGAAAUUUGGUGUGUGUGUGGCUUAAUUUUUUUCCAGAGUACUAAUAUUUUUUUCGAAUACUUUUUUUCCUUUGUUUUUCUUAACCUUGUAGUUCAAUCUCUCUUCAAAUCACCGCUAGCCUGAAAUAAUCGAACAAGUGCGCUCCAACGAACAAAAUGGCUUUUCGGUUGAAAAGUUGAAUAUUUUUGAUAAUUUUCGAAUUUUUAUUCAAUUUUUAAACUUUAAAAGAUACUUUGGAAUGCCAGAGUGGUCCCUAGAGUGGAUAGGAAAAAAAAAACAGUCUUCUAGGUUACAAAAUAGUGUUCUCUCAAGGGCUAAAGCUUAAGUGGCCCCUGUAGGGAUCUUUCAAUUUUUUUUUUUUUUUGAUUCAAAAGUUAAAAAGAUAUGUAGAGAGCCCUAACAUGCUCCCCUAGGGUGGCCACUAACGAAAAACCCCUAGAGUGGUCAGUUUUGCAAGCUUCAGUGAUCCCUAUAUAGGGGCCUUAAGCUUGCCCCUUGAGGGACCACUCUGGCGUUCCUAAGCGUUUUCUGUGAAUUGGAGCGAACUUGUUGAAUUUGGAAAGCUUUAUUUAUUUUUUUAUUACUUUUCAAAUUCAAUUUUUGUGCUCUAAAUUUCCCUUUUUUCAGUAGAACAACUGCAUUUGCGACUGCGUUUCCGGUAUUAUCCAGCCAAUCCGGCGCACAUUCGCGAUUCGGCGUUGAGGUCGGUUUUUGAGUACUUGAAAGUUGAAAUCAUCAAGCUUUAAAAAAAUUGAACGCAUUUUUUUCAAAAAUCAACGAAACUUUUUUUCUGUGCUAAAAACCCAUGUAAAGCGGCUGUAUAGUUCGUCACGGCGUUUUUUUUUGACGACGCCUCGCCCACUUUUCAUCCGUGAAAUGUCGUGUGUCGUGUGCAUAAACUGCGCCGCUUUUGCGCAGAAAAUUGCGUUUAUGUAGGAAAAUUUCGAUUCGUCUCAAAAACCUCUGGCAAUACGGCCGCCUGCGCCUUUAAUAAGCCCUGUUAUUACGCGUUUAGAACCGAAAUCUUUGCCGUUCCCAUGACGUCACGUGGAAACGGCGGAUAUUUUGGCUCCGCCCACCGUGUUUUUGGUUUCGCAUUUACUUCCACUAAGAACACGGCGUUUUUGUAAGUGGAAGGAAAUGCUGUUUUUCUCUGCGCCCUCCUCUUAUCUCCGCGACCCUUUCGCUAUUUUCGUGUUUUUCUGACCUCGUCGGCGAGGGAACAAAGAGACGCAAACACUCGAAAACACUUACAAAACCAUGAAACUGUUUGAUUUCUCUUCUCCCCUAUCUCGUUUUACGUGCUAUUUUCAUGUUUUUCUGGCCGCGAGGGAAAAGAGAGCGCAGAGAGGUCAGACUGUUUCUUAAGUCGUGGCAAAUGGACUAUACACCGAUUAAAAUGAUAUGGUUUUUUUUAAAGUUUAAAGCAGUUUCUUUGAAAAAUUUGAGAUCUUGUAGAGUUUCGUACCGAGAAUCUUCACAAAUCGCUCUGUUUGAACAUUUUGUGGCCUAAAACUUUUUUUCUUCUUUCCAAAAUGCGUUCUAAAAAUAAACGAAUAGUUUUUUUAGAAUAAGUGUUUCAGAUAUCAGCUGUUUGUGCAGCUCCAAAGAGACCUGCUGCACGGCCGCCUGUACUGCCCUCAAACCCAAGCGGCAGAACUCGCUGCCCUCCUGCUUCAAGGUUCUUUAUCGGCAUUUCAGAAUCAGUUCAAAAAUAGAAGAGAUCUAUUCGAGUGAAAAAAAGAUCCUUAGUGUCCUGAAAUUGAUCAGAGAACUGUAGCUCCAUCAUAUGUUGAAAAUUUUUCCGUAAAAAAUUGUCAUAGGGAAAGUCGGAAAGGGUUAAAAAAAGGCUUCAUAAAUGUUCCUUUUUUAAUGCCUUUUUGCGCCAUUUUCUCGGCCUUUAUGCACAUUUUUUUGCUGCCUCUACCUUUUUCCCACCAUUUCUUGAGCCUUUGAAAUCCCAGAAAAAUGGGAGGCUGGAUAAAGGGACCCUUUUUGUUGCCUUUUUGCGGCCUUUUUGCUGCCGUUCUGCGCCCUUUCUACGGCCUUUUUGAGCCUCUCCCUUUUAGCGGCCAUUAUCCACCAAUCUGACUUUGCCCGAGUUUGAAACCCAAACAGAUCCGUCCUUGUGUGUGACAGCUGAGAAUCUUGAAGUCGUGGUUUCCCACUACCAACAUUUCUUAAGCCCCUUGGUUGGAUUGAGGUGGGGAUCGAACUUGUGACCCUGUGGACCGUAGACAGGCACACAACCUGUUGCGCUACGUGUGAAUGAAUAAAUAAUCAUCUCCGAUUUUGCAGCCCAAAUCGGCGAUCACGAAGAUGGAUUGCCGGAGAACUACGUGAGCAGCUACAAGUUGCUCCUCAAACAGACGCCCAACAUCGAGAAGAAGAUCGCCGUCCUCCAUCAGCAGCUCAAGUUUGUGACUUUAUCCAUUUCCUCCCGAAGCAUUGUGUUGUAUAGUGUGCAACGACCUUUAGUAAUUUUAAUAUUUAUCGUUUUAUAAAAGGAUUAUACAACCCAAAUAAAAAAUUCACAACAUUCAAAUGCUACCAACCAAGUAUUAGGAUAAAAAGAGUUUAGGCCAAUAAUGGGUCCUGCCUGGAAAUAUUCUACGGUAGCGCGCAGAAGCUCUAUGUGUAGGUUUACGGGGAUUACUCAGAACGUUAAAGAUCCUAUACACUAAAUUUUGUCCCAGCCACAAUUCAAAAAGAACCCUUUCUAAAACAGUAAGGUGAUGAUGAAUUUUUUUCGUGAAAAAAAUUUAUUUUUUUAGUUUUUUUGAAGGCUUUUGAGGAGCAGUAUAUGUUGGCAUGGAAAAUUUAAAAAUUAGUUCAAAAUGAUUGGUUUCUGGAAUUUUUUCCAAUUUUUUUCGGGUCUAUCGCAAAUUAUUGCUUCUUCAUCUAAAAAAAGUAGAUUUACCCUUUUUUUGAUUAGAUAAAUUUUUUUAUAAAGAGAGGAUAAGAUUAUAACAAGUAUCAGAAUAGAUAAAAUAAAAAGUUAUCUCGAAAAAAAUUUCUAAGAAAAAUUGUUUGAGCGAAAAUCGACGAAAUACGCGUUUUUUUAGAAAUUUUUUUGAGGAUUUUUUUGCUUACUGAAAAGUUUAUUUUUAAUCGAAAAUAAGGAAAUUUUUUUGAAUUUAUAACACUUUUUAUAACGUUUUUUUGAGAUCAAAUGAAGAACAUUAAUCAAGUUUUUUUGAGGUUAUAUGUUCAAACUAGAGAUGAAAAAUGAUUUUUUAAAAAAAUGGUUAGUAAAUAUUUUUUUCGUUCAGAGGAAGUCGACCAAAAAAACUUUGCUCGGUUGAGAAAAAAAGGAAUUUUUUUGAUCUUUUUUGUAAUUGAGGUUUAUACAAAGUUAAAAAAAGUUUUUUUCUUCGAAGUUUUCUUUUUGAAAUAGAAAUGAACUUCAUUUCGGAAUGGCUGAUGAUUAUUUGUUGUCCAGAGGCAAGUCGACGGCCGAAGCUGAACUGGAGUUUUUGGAAAAAGCCAGUCUCCUGGAUACCUAUGCCUUUGACCCCUAUACCAUCAAGGUUCUAGAAAAAUUAGUGAAAAUGAUAUUUUUACCGAUUUUUAGGACCCCAACGAUCCGUCGAAUGUCGUGUACGUCGGAGCUUCCCACAAAGGAAUUAUCAUUUUCCAUGGGACCGUUAGAACUCAUCAUAUCAAGUGGUGAGAGGCUGGGGAAUAUUAAAAAAAAUUUUGGAGAAUCAAAAAAAUACAAGAUUAUGUGCUCUACAUGGUAGCUUUCAAGUGAAAAAAAUGAAAAAAAGGGUUUAUUUUUCUCAAAAAAAGAUUUAAAAAGAAAAAAAAAAAAAGAAAACGAUUUCUGCUAAAGUGCGCUCUAGCGUACAAAAUUGGAAAAAUUAGCUGAAACUUUUUUUGUAAAGGAAAAAAACAAGAAGAAAGUUUUUUUACAAAUAUUAUUGAAUAUUUAAUUUUUUUAGACUAAGAAAUAUUCCGACAUUCAAAAAGGAAGAAAAAAAUGUUUUUUUAAAUCUUACCAAAAAAUGAGAUUUGCCCCAAAAAUCUGUUCUUGAUGAGUAGAGAAAACAUUGUGAUUCGAUAUCCCAUCUGAAAAAAUGACUAAAAUUCAUCAAAAAGUCCAUUUUGCUCUUCCUUCUGACUUUUUUUUCCCCCAGGUCGGACCUAGUGAAGGUAGACUAUGUCGGUCGAGAACUUCGGAUCGUCCUCCGCGAGGGAUACCAGCCCGUGGCGACCCUCUCUCGCAACGGCGACACCUUGUCUUCGUCGGCAUCCGAGUCCAGGGUAGGCAGCUGCAAUUAUUCCAAAAACGGAGCUAUAGCUGAUUCACGACUGCCUUGAGCUAACGAAAAAUAGGUUCUGACACGAUUUAAAAAAAAGAAACAGUGUCUGGUUAGUGGAGAGCGCAGGCAGGCCACGCCCCUUAGCGACCGAAACUAGUCGUAGAUCAGUUAUAACAACAGGGAUGUACGGCAAUUUUAACUUUUUUCUGGCGAAAUUUGGAUCAAAGAACAGAAAAAAAAGAAAUCUGUUUCAAAAAGUUUUUCAGGUUUUUUGAGGCUCAAUUUUCCAGCUUUUAAAGGCAUAGAGGCAGUAAAAAAAAUGGUGUUUCAGGUGAAAGCAGUAUCUUAUACAGUUUUUCUUUGCGAAUCGAACGGUGUAUUCAAAAAAAUUACAGAUGUGACCACUUUAGAAGAAAAACGCAACUUCACUUUCCCGCCUUUGAUUUUGAAAAAAGCUUUGGAUCGGCCUACGGACAAAUGUUUACAGUAGCUGUGCACGCGAUGUUGCGGACGUCUCAUUAGACUCGCAUUUUGUGUGAAAUAACCGGCUAUCUGCUUCAAAUCAAGGGUUUCUACUCUGAAAAAAAUAUUCAGUCAAACAAAAAACACACACCGAUAAUAAAGAAAACACAAAAUAUCGCAAUCCAAAUCGAAACCUGUGUAAAAGCAUCAUUUUUCCCCAGAAAAGCAUUUUUGCGAUUAAAGUUUGCAAAUUAUACAUGAAUAGAAAGCUUUUGUGACGGAAAGAACUUUGGUGACAACAGAAAAAAUUGAAAAUUGAAAGAAACGAAGAAAAAACCAAAAAUCCGGAAGUUGGCGAAGCCCGUUGUCCAUAGAGCAACUUUAUUGCAAAGUGCCCUUUCUGCGGGAACUCAAACGUUCCUUUCUCCGACUUUGAAUUAUUUUUUCUCCGAAAUUAAGAAAUUCGGUACGUUUUCAAGUUUACCGUUCGAUUCGCAAUUAAAAGCCCUACAAAGUACUGCUUUGAACUGAAACACCGUUUUUUACUGCCCCUAUGCGUUUAACGAAUCUCUCCGCCUCUUCAACUUUGCCUUCUUUAAAAAUGCGACUGAAUAGUCAUAUUUAUAUUCUCUUUUGAACUCGAAAAAAUUGUCGAUUGCCGCGUAUAUUUGGUAAAAAAAAAUCACCUUUUAUAUCUUAUGACAGUUUAUUUUUUUAUAAUUUUUGAAGUGUGUUUAAAAAAAGUACUUAAACUUAGAGAAAGAAAAAAAUCCAAAAAAAUGUGUGAAUUUUUUUGAAGUAAGAGACCUUUUUUAAGAAGUUCAAAAAAAUUAUAGUCAAUCCUUGAGAGACGAAAACUUGAAGUCAAACACGAGUCAUCUUUUUACCUCUUUUUCGACAGUUUUCAAUGAAUUUAAAUUUUUUAUGGGCUUGAACAGAUUCAGUUGAGCGAAGAAAAGUAAAAAAAAAUAAAAACUUAUUUUUUCACGACCUAUUUUCAUGAGUACGUUUGACCUCGAGUUCCCCACCAAAAAGCCGCGUCGCACACGCAACGGGUCAUCUUUGCCAAUACACCCAUCUCUCUUUUUGAGUACAUUCCUUUGAAUACGAGCCAUGUUGGACGUUUUUUUUUGUUCUUCAGAAGCCAGCUGCUCUUUCGGGUCCAACGACCUUGAAGUACCUCUGUCCCACCGGAUACUACGCCAAACAUCUCUGGGUCCAUAUCCUCAGUCAACAGGCCUUCUUCAACGAAGACUCGGCCAGCUCCAUCAAGCCCAAGUUCUCCAAGUUCGUUCCGGAAACCUGGAGAUGUUCCGAAAGCGUCAACUUCCAGACCGAGGAUACCGUUGCUGACGAGAGGCUCGACCUUCCGGUUCCCCUCGAGACGCGUCUACCGCGAGUUGGAGGAGAUCAACGAGUCCCUGCCGCUGAUGACGACCUCGACGAUGACGUCACCCUCGAACGGCGACGUCUUCCACACUGACUACCUCACCACGACGUCCAUCAACAGCAACACCAACGAUGUCGAUUCCCUUCUCAACCAGUGAUUUUUAACAUUUUCUACGAUUUGCUCGGAAUUAAGGCAUUUUUUUUCAUGACGUCACGUUUUAAGCUUAGGAAGAGUUUCAAUCAAUUAUUUUAGAAAAAAAAAAUUUCUCUUUCUUAGCACAGGUUUUAGUUGAAAAAAAAAUCUCUUAUAGGUUUUUCUUUAAUAUUUUACGAAAACUGACUACAGAUUUGAAAUCACUACGGAAUUUUAUUUAAAAAUAAGUUAAUUCAUUCAUGACGUCAUGUUACUGUUUAUUGCAUCUUCAAUGUAAGAGUACAUGUGCAAUCGACUUUCAUUGAGUUAACUGUGUUUAAACGGCGGCAGGAGCUGUGGCUUAGGCAGAGAAGUUGUGAAUUUCGCUCGUAGAACAUCAGUUACAAGAGAGGUCGUAGGAAGAAGUACGGUGCCGGCUUUCCAAAGGCCAAUGGCAGAGAUUGAGCCUUUUCGCUGCAUGCAGCUCCCAAUUUUAUCUACCCCGGAGGGAUGAAAGGCUUGGUCGACCUCGGGGGGACUCGAACCUAUGACCUUGCGGACGUUAGAAAUGAGUUAUGCCAGCUGAGCUAUGCCGCCCCUAUGCCGACGUCAUGUUCGAAGUUUUUAAAUGAAAUCCAAUGGAGCACACUUUCCUUGAAGAUCCUACACGUCGGUGCCGAUUCGCUACGAACUGCCGAGACAAGAGCUGCGUAGCGAGCAACCGUGGCUCGUCGCCAACGGCCACGCCAAAACAUCGACCCUCCCGAUUGAGGCCCGCUUGAGUCCCGUCGCUAGCGGGGAUCUAGGUCUGGGUUCGGAGAUUUUGUUCUGACAUUUUGGACAACCUGAAACAAUUUUAAAUUUUCAAAAACAGAGCCUUCGAAUCUGUUCCACAAGGAAAUAUUUCCAAAAUUCAGACCUGAAAUCAUCAGUAUUGCGAAAUUUUUCUCAAAACUCGUCGUAUCUCCGAAAAAAAACUAGAAUUUUGCGCUCCUAGCCAUUUUAAGAAACCCCCAUUUUCAGAGAAUUUUUGGGCGAAUUUAUUGGAAAUUCUAAACUUCUAACUGAAGUAGCCUCUCUUGUGAGAAAAUGUUGAAAUUGAUUUUCAAAAAAAGCCUUAUCAUCUCAGAUGAUCAGAAGCUUCGCGAGAAGAACAACAACUAUGCGAAUUGUCUCAACCACUCUGUCCAACCUCCCACUGAGCAAGACGACGUCGUUUCUAAUCGUUCGUUGUUUUUUUUUUCAAAAUGAUAUUGGUCACAAAGUUUUUCUGAGCAGUUUCACUGGCCCCAGGCUUGAGCCCGACCCGUCCCGGCCUGAAAAGCGUGAUUCCUUCAAGUCAAAUGUAUCACUUUUCACGCCAAAAAUCACGUUUUUGGUUCUUUUUUCAAUCAAAUCAAAUCAUUUAUUCUGUUGUCUUAGUUGAAAUUCAAUAAAGACGCUGAAUUAACAAGUAAAAUUAACUUCUAGUGAGAAUUUUGAGUUAGGAUGGACUAAAACUAUGACUAAAACAACAAAAUGAAUUAUUUGAAAUGAUGUGGUUUUUUCCAAGUCUGACCACACUCUUUUGCAAAAAGGAGGCUCAAAGCCGGCUCAGGACGCCCAACUUGACGAAUAAGGCCCAUCUUGUCUUCUUUUUUAACUUUUCAAAGUUUUUUUCGAUUCAAAAGUUUCUUUUACAUCUCCAGAGUGUUUAUAACUCUUUAAAAGAAAUAGUUUUUCAAAAAAUCUGCUCUUAAUUGCGCAAAUAAUCUGAUUUUUUGAGAAAACUUCUCUCGAACUUCUAAAAAUGUACGCUUUUCGCAAAAAUUGAUGAAUUUGUGCGAUUUUUGCAGCGCAUCCCCAAAAAAAUAUGACGAUUAAGAAAGAGUUUGAAUAGAGAUUUUAUAUUAUUAACACCGGCGCGAAGUGAAAAUGAUCUUUUAUCUUCCUUUUGGAUAUUUUUUCAACGAAAAAUCAAGAUUUUUGUGAAGUUUCGAGUUGAUAUUUGGAGCCACAACAAAAAGUUAUAAAUUAGAAUGACCAAAAACGAUUUUUCACUGCUUCAAAAAUGACAUUCCUUGGAAAAAAAGAAUGAAACCAGAAGCCUCGACGUCGACUCGGCCGAUCGAAGUGACCCCUCCAGGGUCUCCAAUCACAGUCGCCGACUCCCCCAAUGCCAUCAAAACCACCCAAUUCACCAUCUCUCCCAGUGACCGGAAUCAGGUUCGACUCUUUUUCAUGAUUUAUUAGGUAAUUUACCGUUAGUUUGAGCCAAAAUUUUGAUUUUUGAUGGGAAAUAAGAUCAAAAGCGCUCCUUUUCAAGAAAAACUAGCGGUUAAUUGAAGAUUUUUUGAGGAAAUUCCAUUUCUAUGUGUCCCUGUCGUGUUGCCUGCACUGUCCGUGUCGAUUUCCUGUACUUUCUGUAUCUUGUAACUUUCUGGUGCAAGUUUUUCAUGGUUCGUCCACCAGUUUUGGAAUUUAGAUGCAGAAAAAAAUUUUGAGAGUUAAAUUCUUAGCUUAGAAAAUUUUUGAAGUGGUUACUUUUACAAAAAAUAUCGAAAAUUGGGAAAAAAUAAUCAUUUUUCUAGGCUAUCUUGUGUUUUAGAGUUCCAACUUGAUUUUUUAAAAAUUUUUUUUGAGCCCAAAUAAGUAAGCUGAAAAAAAUUCUGAGCACAUGUUCAAACCAAGUUUGGAAAUAUUUUGAGAGUCUGGUUCUGAGCUUAGAAAAUUUUUAAAGUGGUAAUUUAAUGUAAAAAGAAUUGAAAAAUGAAAAUUUAAUCAUUUUUCUACGUUUUCUUGGGGUUUAGAACUCCAAUUUGAUUAUAUAAAAAUGAUUUUUGAGCCUUAUCGAAUGAGUGAAAAAAAAUUCAGCCCUGAAAAAAAAAAUUGGCCACUUAUAAAACAGAAAGGCCAGUUUUCGAAUUCAGUUGCGCUCCACUGCUAAUUUUGUUCAAACCAAGUUUAAGUUGAAAGGUUUUUUUUGGAAGUUAGGUUUUCGAGCUUAGAACGUUUUUGAAGUACAUUUGGUCUUUUUCAUGAAAAAUGAAAAAAAUGGAAAUAAUCAUUUUUCCACGCACUGUUGGACUUUCCACAUUUUUUUAAGGCUAAAAAUAAGAAAAAAAUAUCGAUUACGUAAAUAUGAAAAAAAUGGACCCUAGUAAAAAGGCCUCAAAAAAAUUCGGCUAUUCACUUGCGCUCUACGGCUAAUUUUUUUCGAAAAAGAAAAUUGACUCGGACAUUGGUAACGCGAAACGGACGUGCUUCUGGGCAAUUCUAGGGAUCACUUAAGAGCGCUGAGACCACUAAAGUAACCCCUAGAAAUGCCACGACACGUCCGAUUCGCGUCCCGUUCGCGUUACCAAGGUCCGAGGAUGAUUUUUAAAGGUUUCCUUGAGAAGCCAUUUUUUUUUCGCAAAAUUUGUUACAAAAAUGAAAGUACUGUUUUGGGAAAUGUUUAUAUAAUUUUCCAUCUGACACGAACCAAUGGUCCUUUGCAGUAAACGAAGUUGAAAAAAGUACGAAAAAAAAGUUUCCCUAUAGUAAUCAUGAAUGAAGGAAUGGAAAGAAAAAAAAAACACGGAUUAUCAGAAAAUGAGGUGUGAAAAGGUACAAAAAUAAUUUUUAAAAAAGGCAACAUUUUUUUCAAAACAAAGUAAUUUUUUGAAGGUUUCCUAUCUGAAUCAAAAAGAUUUUUUGCUUGAUUAAAAAAAAAUUGUUUCUAGCUUCAUUUGUAGUUCAACGAUUGAAGCUCUGUAGUGUUUGAAAUAUUACCCUAGCCGCUUUUUGUUCACCUUGAUUGUUCUUAACAUUUACUAAAAAGCACUAACUUUUGCCCUCCCAACGGAUUUCUCCAAGUGACGAGGCGGUCAACCGACGCAACCUUCAUCAGCCCGUGUUUUUGAAUUUUUCAGACGAGUUUCACGGUUUUCCUGGUCAAACGAGAGGAACUUCCGUCGUCGGGGACGUCACACGUCGACGAGCCCUCGGACGCCGGGGUAUUUAUUCGAAAAAAAUCGUUUUUUUCCCGCUUUUUCGGAGUGCUAGGGUCUUUAUGAAAGCUCAGCCUAGGAAAUGCAGUUUUUAGGCAUGAAGGAAAGCUUAGGAACGAUAGAGUGGUCCCUGUAGGGGUUAGGAGAGGGGGAAUCGGACUAAACUGGGGGACCAGACGAAACUGCGGGGGGGUUUAGUUUUUUUAGUUUAGGGUGUAGCCCCCAAGCUCCUAAAGCGGUCCCUUAAGGGGUUUUUUUAAUAUUUUUUUCAGGUGUGAAAAUUUUUAAAAAAAUGAACUGGAACGAUUGAGCAAGAGACGAAAAAAAGUGUUUCCUAUAGAGUAAAGCUCAAGUGGUACCUAUAGAGGUUUAGGAUUCGAAUUUCAAGCUCCUAAAGCUUGAGUGGUCCCUUUAGGGCCUUUAAAUUUUUGUUCAGAUUUAAAAAAGAAAUGAAUCCUGUUGAUAUUUUUUUCAUUCAAGCAAGCCUAUUCAUUGAAUUUCUCGCAUGAAUAUGCUUCCUCUCCUAGAAUUUAUAACAAUAAAUAACUACCCCUAAAGGGGUCACUUUUGCAAGCUUUAGUGGCCUCUAUAGAGCCAGGUAAAGCUGUCCCUAGAGGGGACCCUCCAUGAACCCUAUAAAGACCACUCUGGAGAUCUUACGAUUGGAAAGAAAUGCUGAUUUUCCAUAUUCCUGUAUAGAUUGAUUUCCGGACAUCUUGAUGGAAUUAUUGAAGGAUUAUAGAUUUUUUUUUGUUUUUUUGCAAAGCGGUUGCGUCGCGUUUUGGCGCCAUUUUUAAAUUGUUCGAAUUUUUAAAUUUUGCACAGGUUUCCUGUUGAUGAAGGUAUUUAUAAAUAUUAAAUAAUCAUCAAAGAAGUUUGCCUAACUUUGCAUAAUCGUUGAAAAGAUAUGACUUUUAGGAAAAAUUUUCUUCAAAGAGGGGGGUUUUUUUUUGAAAUGACGCUGGAACGCAUCGCGCACCAGCUGAAAAUAAGGGAUCCUGUCCUGAAUUUUCAAGCCGAGAAAAAGGAAUUACAUGAUCCUUCAAUAAUUCCGGACGAGGUUCUGGUGAAUAAAUUUGAUUGGUUUGGUUUUGCACGAAUCGCUUUUUUUAGUUUCUUUUUUAAGAUUAUUUCAAUUUAUCAUUUUGGUUAGAGUAUAAUUGUAUGGAUAUGAGGAUUUCUGUUCUUUGUUUUGAAGAUUCAAGUUGUGAGAAAAAGCUUAGAAAUGUAUGUCUAGUUGAAUGAAAGCAGGUGGUUCAGAUUUUUAAGUUUUUGUUAGAAAAAUUCAUGUUUAACCUAGAAAAAUUCCUUUGAACUCUAACUCGGUUCUUAAAAGUUCAUUUUUUUCAAUCUUUCAGUUUUUAAAAAAAUGCUCAAAAGGGAACAGCCUUUUUUUCUCAGGCUUCAACCGAUUUUUCAGAAAUUAAAAAGAAAUAUUAUCUUAAUAAACAUUGAGCUUGUAAUAGUCUUGUAGUGGCUUGAUUUUUGGUAUCGUUGCAGAAAAAAUUUCGUUUUUUGAUUUAUUUUGGUCCUUUCCCCUUGCUGUGAACUGUCAGUGGUUGCUUUGUGAAAAAAAUUUCACUAAAAAAAGAAGAAUGGAAAAAAAUUGAUAAUUAGGCCUGAAAUUUGACUUUAUUGAAGUUUUUCACUUUAGAUUUCCUUCAAGAAGAAAAAAAGAAAAACACAAAAAAAUUAAAACUUCGAUUUUUUUGAAUAAUAAUUUCCCACGAGCUUGAGCACUUCCCUAAUGUGUUCUACACUUCUUUUUUUUCCCUGCACAGGCCAUUUUACUUUUUUUUUCCCUCGAAGCCGGCAUGAACUUCCACUGAACACUAUCCACUUGGCCAAAUCCUUUGUUUUCAACGAGUUUUUGAGAAAAUGUUGAUGAAAAAAGAGCCUUGAGAAAUAGCCGAUCUGAUGUGCUCCAUGGAGAAUCAUAGAUUAUCUUUAAAAAUGAAGUUUAUUUUUUUUGGAUUGGAGAAUUUUUGCUGUGAAUUCAAGUUUAAAGGCUUCUUCAAAAAAUCACGGAGAAGUUUUGAACUGCUGAGAAAAAAUCUAGUGGCCCUUUAAGAGGUUCCUUUUGGAGAGGACACUGAAGUGGCCACUAAAACCUCUUUAUAAGCCACUAUUUUGCGUCUUAGAGGCCACCAUAGUAGUUUCUAGUAGCCUUUAAACUUCUAAAGAGGCCACUAAACUUUAGCCUCUUAAGAGGCCACUAAUUAAAUUACUAUAGUGGCCACUAAAACGUCAAGACCCUAAAGUAACCACUAAAAACUUUCCCAAUUUUUUUCGAAUUUUACAAUUCUUAAAAAGAUGGAUUAUCCAUGGAGCGCAAUUUCUUAAGUUGGUUUCUUAUCGGCUCUUUUUUAUGACACUUUCUCAUUAGCUCGUCAAUAAUUUUUCUUUUUCCGAAUUCAAUUUGUAUAACUUUAGUUUUUAUUCCAGCUAAACGCGGACUAUGAUGUUCCGGACGUUCGCGAGUACCUUGAGCGUCAAUUCAUUGAGAAUUACGUCAGCGACGAACCGCCUGGAGAACCUUUGGCCAGCAGUACGCCGAGAAUCGCUAAUAAAGUGACGGUGAGGGAUGGGAAAAUGAUUGGGAGACGUUGGGAGCGGAAAAAAAUCAACUACUGUGGAAUAAAUCCCUAUAUUUUUUUGUUGAUAAAUGAGAAGAUCUGAAAUUCGCAAUAGUUGAAAAAAAUCCCCCUCCCUGAUAAUUUUUAGGAUGCAUUGUUAUUAUCAGAUAUUUUUUUGUCUAAUUUUUAGGGGUCUUAUGGCAUUUCGAAAAAAAUUUCUAUGAACUUGCCGAAAAAAACCCAAUUUUUUUAGGAAAUGUAAAUUUUAAGCUGCCGCUUUGGGAAUCGGUGUACAGAUGAUUGCAUACCGUAAUCGAAUAUUUAUAAAAGCUCAAUUUCUCGAUUGAAUUUUUUGAGAACUGUAUUCUGAUAGGAAAAGGAGCAAUGGAAAAGAUGAAAAUCGAGAGAAAAUAGAAAAGGAAAAAAGAAAAUACGUUUUAGCCAUAGAGCAGAUUUGCUGAGAAAUGUACUUUUCGCGGGAAUUCCUACUUUUUUUUCGUGAACUUUAUUUUUUUAGGGCCCACUUUAGGGUUUUUUUCUGAGUUUAGAAGAAUUUUUGGAAGAAUUCAUGUGGAGCUGAAGUCAUGCGAAGGAAUUUUUAUAAUCAAGCAUAUUUUUUUCAAAAGAGAUCAAGCAUUUUCCUCCUUCUUUUUUUUGUUCAUUUUUUUUUUAGCAUUUUCCUCCUUUUUUUUUGUUCAUUUUGCCAAUUUCAGUUCGCCAAUGGCGGUCCCAAGCAAAACGGUCACUCCAACGGCGCGGUGCCCAAGUAUUCGGAUGACGUAACCAAGAAGAAUACGUCAUCAGUGACGUCAUCCACCAAAACAACGUCAUCUCUGACCAACACGGCCUUCGUCGUAUUCCUCAUCCUCCUUCUGCUCUUUGCCAUCAUCAUUUCUGUUUUCGAGGUGAGAAGGAUUGGGUCUUCCCAGAGCUGGGGCAACCCGGGCGGACCCGCGUAUUGAAGCAGUUGUCCCGGGUUGACCCGCGAGAGGAUGAAAAUUAGAGAAAAGUGAAAAAAUGGCUCUUUUGACAAUGUUCCCGCUACGCCGGUCGGGUCGUCUCCCGGGCGUGUUGCGGUCGUCCCGGGGGCGGUCCGUCUCAUCAGAAGUUCUGGAUUUUCCAAGGAAAUUGAUACAAAGCAGAGUAAGAGAGCAAAAAGCAUCAAAAUUUCGUAUUUUUUUCUAAUUUUGAAAUUUUCCAAUAGCUUUUUCCAGUAGCUUUUCUAAUAAUUCCGACAAAUGUGAAAAAAAAAAUUAAAAAAAAAGCAUUUUUGAGAAAUAUUUGUGGCUUGAAAUCUGUGAAGAAGACAGGGUUGCAUGAGGGUGGAACGAAAAAAUAUUUUUUUCGAGAUAAAAAAAUAGUUUUUUUAAUUUACUUACUGCAUUUCCAUCAUGAAAGUAAAACUGCUUUAAACGGCUGCAAAAAGGCCGCAGAAAGGCUUUAGAAAGGCUACAGGAAGGCAGCGAAAAGGUAACAAAAAGGCCACAGAAAGGACAAAAGUUUCAACGUGUAUAAAAAAAAAGCGUUGCGACGCGCAAAAUUGUUCCUCCCGCAUGCACCACCUCGUAGAACUGCAUACGCUUUUCAUUUUUUUUAUUCCUUUUCAACAGUUUUAUAUUUUAUCCAAACGCAGCCAAGCCUCAUUUUUUGAGUUAUGACUCCCAGAAAAUGAAGAAGUUGCUUAUCUAUAGGUGAUUUGAAAAGAACUGAACAUUUUUGCAGCGGAACGAACAGAACGAUUGGGUCGAGAAUACGCCAGUCUUGUCGCGACUCCGCCACGAUUAUUAUGAGCCGGUCCGACAUUACACCUUGAAUCAGUACCGGAAAUACACGGGAACCUUCUAA